GUGAGUGAAUGAUUGGCCGUCGGAGCACCUCUCCCUCUCCCCUCUCAUUCACAUUUGAAUACGUUUGCAAGGGCUCCAGAUCGAAGGCUUCCAGCUCAGAAAGAGAUCGGGUGAAAAUGAACACGGAGGAGCCAGAGUUGACCCGGGACACGGUGAUGAAGCUGAUCCAAGCCUCUCAGGAGGUCAAGAAACACGCCUACUGUCGCUACAGCGACUUCAGAGUUGGAGCUGCUCUGCUGACCUCAGAUGACCUCGUGUUCACUGCCCAAGCAAAACGACCGGCUUCUCCAGUUCCUACCAUUCAAAUUCAUGCUGAUAACCACGCACGUCCGUCUGCAGGCUGCAAUGUGGAGAAUGCGUGUAACAACCUCGGCAUAUGUGCCGAAAGGACCGCCAUCGUUAAAGCCGUCUCCGACGGCCACAGGCGCUUCAAGGCCAUCGCCGUGGCCAGUGACAUGAAGGACCAGUUCAUCUCCCCAUGUGGCGGCUGCAGGCAGUUCAUGAGAGAGUUUGGACUGAAUUGGGACGUUUACAUGUCCAAACCUGAUGGCUCAUUCAUGAAGAUGUCAGUGAGCCAGCUGCUGCCGUCUUCCUUUGGUGCAAAGGACCUGACCAUGAAGAGAGAGACGGAUCAUGGCGAUCACUGAGCGUCUUCACGUGGACGCUCACAUGAAGCAGCAGGCACCCAAGAGGGUGGCAUUUAGCAGCCCGUGUUCUCCGCCUCUUUCAUAACGGCAACAUAUUAAAAUGUAAUGAUUGUAGAAUGGUUUUAAACGUUGCUCUCAAUGUGCAUGAAGAAAUCAAUGCUAAAAAUACUUGUCCGAUGUAAUCACACACUUUAAUAAAUAAACAUUU